AAUUGUAGCCUGCAAACAAUCGUUUGACAUUUCAUCACAAUCUACUAAGUACUUCUGCGCCGGUAAUAUACAAAUUUAAAGAGCACAUUAUACUUUUUCCCGUCUCUGAAUGAAGUUGUAAAAACUGCUUCUGCGCAGCCGAAUCUGUAAGUUUAGGCUGUUCAGUAUUCCGUAGCAUGGAGGACUAAGUUGCCUUCGUGCAGCCAUAGUGAGGGAAAAAAACACGUCUGUGCAAGCAAGCAAACAGGCAGUCUUUGACAGCGAGUUAAUUCUGCGCAGCCACGGUAUCAUUCAUGGACCCCAAGCCGAAACCGGAGCCGCAUGCGGGCCACUGUGUGGUGGCGAUGUCGGGCGCAUACCACCCAGAAGGUACGGAUUACCGCGAGGACCAUGGUGCCAAUGCAACCCCGAUACUGCUGUCCAUGUCAGGGGGCCCUCAUCAUGACUCCAUGCCCGCUAUGGUGACGCCGGCGUCGGUGACGGUUCGUAUCCCCACUGGCGGAGAAGCAGGCUCCAGCUCCUCCGAGUUCUCACACGAGGUGAUAAUGCUGCUGAUCGAGGCCAUGUCUGCGCGGUGGGAGCUGUACGGCCAUCGUGAGCGCUCCCGUCUCUUCCAGAGCGUUCAGCAGGAGCUGGAGUCGCACGGCUACCCGCUGCCCGUCGAGAAGAUCCGACGCAAGUGGAACAACCUCAUCGUCACCUACAAGCGCGUCAAGGAGCGAUGCCGGGGCCGCGGGACCGACCGCACCUCCUGGGAGUACUAUGAGGCGAUGGACACUGUGCUGGGCAAGGCUGCGAUGGGUCACGGUGGCCACGGUAGCUCUGCCUCCGCUACUCUUCUGGGAUUGGCUACUCAGAACUCCGGCGGCCUCUGCGACGACCUGCCGCCCCCCAGCCCUGGCCCCUCCUCCGGCAUGUAUCAUAGCAACCUCAUCGGCACGGCGUCGCAGGUGGGCCCCCACGGCCACCCGCAGCACAGGGCCACGCCCCCCAUGUCCAUGAGCCCCGCCCCUUUCUCGCCGGUGCCGCUCGUGAAUGCCGCUGGCAUGUACGAGUGUGAGGAGCCCAUGGCCGUGGCCCCCCAGCGGCCCAAGGUGAACUCCGCCCCCUCCACCCGCCGAAAGAUCCGAGGAGGAGGAGGAGGAGGAGGGGGGAGGGGCGCGGUGGCCCCGUACGACCGCAGUAACGACGGCUACGGGGGCGGGGCUUCGCAGCAGCAGCGACACCUGCUGGAGGAACAGCGUCUGUGCAGGCAGGAGGCGCGCGAGAGGCGCAGGGAGAAGACGGCCAAUCGCGUCGCAGAGUCCGUGGGGCGCAUGGCAACCGCCCUGGAACUCAUCUGCUCCAAGCAAGACACCAUCAUCGCACUAUUGCAGAGAAUGGCGGACAAACACUAG